GUCAGGAUGUCUGCGCCUCUGCGAGCCCUGCUGCUCCUCUUCCUGCUUUCCCUCUCAUCCAGGAGCAUCGUCAGCCGCUACAUCGACGACAGCGACUUCUCCGAUGGACUAUUGUCUCUUAUCUCUAUGGAGAAAAGAGAGGCGGAGGAUUUUGUUUUCCAAAGACCUCUCAGGUGCUUGGACAUGCUAGCCACCGAAGGCUCCUUCACCUUCAAAGCCUCCCGACCGCAGCCCGCCUGCGCCACCUUCAUCAUCGCCGAGCCCAGUGAGGUCAUCAGUCUGGAGCUCUCUGACGUCAGCAUCGACUGCGAGGAGGGCGACUUCAUCAAGAUGUUUGACGGCUGGGUACUAAAGGGUGAGAAGUUCCCCAGCAGCCAGGACCACCCGCUCCCGCUGCACCAGCGCUACACCGACUACUGUUCCUCCUCCGCGGCCGGCUCAUCCAGCCGCUCCUCGCAGAACGUAGCCAUGAUCUUUUUCCGCAUCCAGAGUCCUGACAGUGGCUUCACCCUCGCCGUGCGAAAGCUGCACAAUCCCUUCCCUUGUAACAUCAUGUCACAGAGUCCAGAAGGCAGUUUCACCAUGGUAAUGCCGUAUCAGCGCAGGAACUGCAGCUUCUCCAUCAUCUAUCCGGUGGAGAUCCGGAUGACAGAACUCAGCCUGGGGCAGGCCCGCAGCAACGAGCUGAGCCUACAACAGCGCUUGAGGUUGGGUUGUUCCGGUUCGGGUGACUACGUGGAGCUGCUGGGAGGAAAUGGGGUCGACACUUCUACCAUGUUUCCAGUCGCUGAUUUGUGUUUCUCUACCGGAGGCCUCGCACGCAUGAAGAUCAGCUGCGAUAACUCAGUGGUGCGUUUGGUGUCCAGUGGAACUUUUAUCAACCGUGUCUCCUUCCAAUACCGUCUACUGGACCGCAGUGAGAUGCCGCGCAACCCAGAGAACAGUCUGGACAACCUCUGCUCCAUGUACUGAGACCUUAUGGAACAGCAAACGGCCCCUUUCUUUUAAAACACACAUUUGCUUUGCAGUGGCAGAAUCGAGCUGCAACCUCAACAGACGGUAACCUUCAGUGAAAUACCAUUAUCAAUUAGACGGCAAAUGAUAUUUCUGCAUCCAUGAAUGACCCUGUAAACACAGUUAUGCUUGACACACAUGAACACACACUCGCACACUGGAGUGGACGUGAAGGUGACUCACACUCAUUAAGAGGCUCUUUGUGUCCAUGCAGUCAAAAUGACCCUCUUCCUCAUAUAUCGCUUCUUCAGGUAACAACAACAACACAUUUUUUUGUUUCGUUUUCAUGGUUUUUUUUUUUUUCUCAAACCAUGUUGUUUUUCUUAAUGGAGUAUUUAUUUGUAAAAUAUUUUAUGGAAUGUGACGUUGUUUGUGUUGAUUUUUACAUGAGUGUUGUGUCAUACCUUUUCUUAAAACUGAAAAAAAACAAACGAAUAAAUAUGAGUGGCAUGAUAAAGCACAUGCAGGCUGUUCUCAUCUGAUUUGCUGACCUUUCUUUUCGUCAGAGAUCCCUGAGGAGAAGCACUGACUCUUCUCAGUGUGAUGCUCUCACUAACCUGCUCCUCUUCUCUUACAAUUCUAAAGAUAACUUUGUCUGAA